AUGAAAAAUGUCAACUUCAAACUAAACGAAAACAAUAAGGAAGUAGAUAAUUCAUGCAGACUUCAAGAAGGCAUUAACAGACUUCUGCCUAAUGGUCCCCCAGGAUCUGAAUGUUUAUUAGGGGAAGAGUGUUUCAAAUCUGGGGACAAUAGACCAGCAGAAGUUCCAAUGCUGACAGUCGUGCAUACUGCAUUUCUGCGUGAGCAUAACAAUAUUGUUGAAAGGUUGAGAGCACUUGGGUGGAAUGAUGGAGAAGAAUUGUAUCAAGAAGCCAAAAAAAUUCUCACAGGAAUUUAUCAGCACAUUAUUUACACUGAAUAUCUUCCUGUAGUACUUGGGGAAGAAGGUAUGAACAUGUACGGGCUACGAAGUAAUCGAUUUGGGUUUAAUACAUUGUAUAAUUCUUCUGCAAAUCCAUCUACGAGAAAUGCAUUUGGAGCCGCAGCGUAUCGAUUUGGUCAUUCUCUUGUUGGUUCUUUUGUUGAAUCGUUUAACCAAGACUUCACACCACGCGCCAGGGAACCUAUGAAAAACCAUUUCUUCAGUACUCGUUUGAUAAGAGACUUUUCUACCUUUGGUCCAGAUGCAAUAGCCAGAUGGAUGACCACACAGUUCAAGAGCAGAUCAGACCGUUUUCUGACUCCUGCAAUAAGGAACAGACUAUUUCAAACAAUGCCAGGAAACGGCUUUGACCUUGGUUCACUUAACAUUCAGCGUGGUAGAGACCAUGGCAUUCCAUCAUAUAACAGAUGGCGACAGUUCUGUGGACUACAGCCUGCUUUACAUUUUGAAUCAGGACACUUAGGUUUAACCAAUCAAUGUGUUUCUACUGCCAGAGCAUUAGCAUCCGUCUACAGCCACCCUGAUGAUAUUGAUUUAUUUGCUGGUGGACUGUCAGAGACACCAGUAGCAGGUGCCUUGGUGGGACCAACAUUCAGAUGUAUAAUUGGACUUCAGUUCAAGUUUUUUAAGAUUGGUGACCGUUUCUUUUAUGAAAACGAAUUUGCUUCCACUGGUUUUACUGCUGCUCAAUUGCAACAGAUCAAAAGACAGUCAUUGUCAGCACUUUAUUGUAGGACUCUGGGUGUGAAUUUAAUGCCUUCAAAUCCGUUUGUGUCUCCGUUAACUGGGUAA